CAAGCGGAAAGAAAACCUCUAGUGUGUUUACUGUCGGAACCUAACAGUGUGACAACAAGCGGAAGUAAACAACAAGGGUUGUAGCUUUAGCAGAAUCCACGUAUAGCUAGCGUUAAUACAUCCACAGCGUGAAGGGAUUCUUGUUGCCGUAUUGUAGAUAAUUAUUUUGGUUUUAAUUAAGCAGCAAUGCCUUCAGUGGAGUACGUGAGGCAGUUUGUCAACGAGCGACUAACUGCUGCUGCGGAAGAAAUAUUCAGAGUUUUUGAGAAAACCAUCGUCGAGUACGAGGAGGAGCUCGAUCGCCAGCGCAGACUGUUGGAGCAACAUGCCUGUGAGGAGGAAGAGGAGGAGGAAGAGGAAGAGGUUCUUGCUGACCAGCAGCAGAUGUGUAACGGUACUCAGGAGAGGAACUCCAGUCUGGACCCAGAGGAGCCACAUCCUCCACAGAUUAAAGAGGAACAGGAGGAACUCUGUGUCAGUCAGGAGGGAGAGCAGCUUGGACUGAAGCAGGAGACCGGUGCCUUCAUGUGGACUCCUACUUAUGAGGAAAGUGGCCACAGUGAAGACCAGACUCUGAACUUGAGUAUCAAUGGAACUCAGUGUGUGAUGGAGGAGAAGUGUCUAAACUACAUUCCAGUAAACAGGUCUGUAGUAUCAGAACCUAACACUGACCUCUUGCUCCUCUCUCAUGAAACUGCGAGCCAAGAUCAAAAAAGAGCCGAGCAGUAUCAUAAGAGCAGAAGUCACAGUAAUGGUGUUUACAACCCUAACUUGUCAGAGAUUCACAAAGUUUCUGACACAGGGAGAAGGUUUUUCAAAUGUGACAAAUGUGGAAGGGUUUAUCAGUACAAGUCGUUAUUACAGAGACACCUGAGAACCCACACAGAUGAGAAGCCAUAUUCUUGCAAAACAUGUGGGAAAGCUUUCAAAUGUAAUAGUACCUUGAAAGUCCACAUGAGAAUCCACACAGGUGAGAAGCCGCAUGCUUGUAAAAUUUGUUGGGAAGAUUUUGAAAGUAUUUAUGAUUUGAAUGUCCACAUGAGAAUCCACACAGGCGGGAAGCCGUAUAGUUGUAAAACCUGUGGGAAAGAUUUCAGACGUAACUAUACUUUGAAAAUCCACAUGAGAACCCACACAGGCGAGAAGCCGUACCAUUGCAAAACCUGCGGAAGAAGAUUCUCUCAUUUGUCAGCAUUGAUAAGGCAUAUGCGAGUCCACACAGGUGAGAAGGCGUAUUCUUGUGAACUGUGGGGACAGUUUCAGACGUAGCACUAAAGUGUUGGUCCAUAAUGAGCAAAGCCCCCACUAGUGGGAAGCUGCACCUUUUCAAAGGCGUAGAAUAGUGCAGACAGACAAGUCAUUUUGUAUUUGAAUCCACACGAGGAAGAGAGGAGCCCCGUGUUACACUUUCGGAAGAAGUUCUUCUUAAAUCACGUUCUU